GGAGCUCCCUGCUGCAGCUCAUCCAGGAGCAGGUGCGUCGCGGGGUGGUCUGGGGAGCUGGCACCGCCCCCAAUGCGGCCCUCCUGCCGCUGAGCUGAGCUUGUGCAGGACCGAGCUCCCCGAGAGCCCCGCUCGGCACCCACCCCAUCCCGGCACGACCUUGGCCCCUGUGUCUGAGACCCCAGGAGAGGGCUGACUGGACCAGGGCUCCUGGCUGGAGAAGGGAGAGUCCGGGGAAGGAAGGGAGGGAGGGAGGGAGGGAGAGCGGGCAGCUGGCUGGUCUUGGACCUUGGCCCUCCCCUUCCAGGAUGGGUAGGGUGGAAGACGGGGUAACAGCUGAGGAGCUGGAGGACUGGGACCCAGGCACCAGUGCCCUGCCAGCUCCUGGAAUCAAGCAGGGUCCCGGGGAACAGGCAGGCACGGGGCGCCUGUCCCAAAAGUGCUGGGAGCCUGAGCCUGAUGCUCGCAGCCAGCCUGGCCCAGCCCUUUGGUCCAGGGGUCGGGCCCGCACUCAGGCCUUGGCUGGCGGCUCCUCACUGCAGCAGCUGGACCCCGAGAACACAGGCUUCAUCGGUGCGGACACCUUCGCUGGCCUGGUGCACAGCCAUGAACUGCCCCUGGACCCGGCCAAGCUGGACAUGCUGGUGGCCCUGGCUCAGAGCAACGAGCAGGGCCAGGUCUGCUACCAGGAGCUGGUGGACCUGAUCAGCAGCAAGCGCUCCAGCAGCUUCAAGCGGGCCAUUGCUAAUGGACAGCGGGCACUGCCCCGGGACGGGCUGCUGGACGAGCCGGGCCUAGGUGUCUACAAGCGGUUUGUGCGUUACGUGGCCUAUGAGAUCCUGCCCUGCGAGGUGGACCGCCGCUGGUACUUCUACCGUCACCGCAGCUGCCCACCCCCCGUGUUCAUGGCCUCGGUCACCCUUGCCCAGAUCAUCGUGUUCCUGUGCUACGGGGCCCGCCUCAACAAGUGGGUGCUGCAGACCUACCACCCCGAGUACAUGAAGAGCCCCCUCGUGUACCACCCUGGGCACCGUGCCCGCGCCUGGCGCUUCCUCACCUACAUGUUCAUGCACGUUGGGCUGGAGCAGCUGGGGUUCAACGCUCUCCUGCAACUGAUGAUCGGGGUGCCCCUGGAGAUGGUGCACGGCCUGCUCCGCAUCAGCCUGCUAUACCUGGCAGGCGUGCUGGCAGGCUCCCUAACUGUCUCCAUCACCGACAUGCGGGCCCCGGUGGUGGGAGGCUCCGGCGGGGUCUACGCCCUGUGCUCAGCACACCUGGCCAACGUCGUCAUGAACUGGGCUGGGAUGAGAUGUCCCUACAAGUUGCUGAGGAUGGUGCUGGCCUUGGUGUGCAUGAGCUCCGAGGUGGGCCGGGCCGUGUGGCUGCGCUUCUCCCCGCCGCUGCCCGCCUCGGGCCCGCAGCCCAGCUUCAUGGCGCACCUGGCGGGCGCGGUGGUGGGGGUGAGCAUGGGCCUGACCAUCCUGCGUAGCUACGAGGAGCGCCUGCGGGACCAGUGCGGCUGGUGGGUGGUGCUGCUGGCCUACGGCACCUUCCUGCUCUUCGCCGUCUUCUGGAACGUCUUUGCCUACGACCUGCUGGGCGCCCACAUCCCCCCACCGCCCUGACCGGCUACCUGAGGCUGCAGAGGCCAGGGCUCGGCAUGUGGUGGCCGCCCACCAGGGGCCUUCACGUCUGCCCUUUGUGAACGGACAUCUCAGGGCUGCUGCGCCCCUCGGGUGUGGGUGGCCUCAGAGGAGACCCUGUCCCAGCCACCCCCCUACCCCCAGGACUUGCGGUCUGAGCCUUUUUGGAUAAUUAAUAAAUAUUUUACACAGCA